AUGAGUUGGGCAGAGGAAGACUGGACGGUGGGACUGUCAGGACGGGUCUUGCAAAAGGUGAAGGAGCUGCAGGUCCAUCAAGACCGACUGUCAAGAGAGAACAAGCAAAAACAACUGCAGCUGGACAACAUCCAAACUAGCCUCGAAAAACAGACUGUAAAGUAUGAGGAGGUGCGUGGGGAGCUCCAGUCUGCACAGAGAGAGCUCCAGAGUGUUCGCGAGGAGUCCAAGGCGGGAGUGAUCGCCAGGGAGCGCUUGUCCCAGGAGUUUCAGACCAAGCAGGCCCAAGUAUGUUCUUUAGAGGGUCAGCUAGAUGCUUCUCGCACUCUCAACAACAAACUCAACCAGGAAGUCAAAAGGUUGGAAGCAGAGCUGGAGAAGCUGCAGAACAGCAGUAGGUCAGCAGAUACAACUCUGUUUUCUACUCCCUGCUGGAAUUCAAUCUCUCCCUGGGAACAAAAUGGGAGCAGAAAGGAGGAGAGGCCGGGACAGCGAGAUGAAGGACAGAGCCGGGCCCUUAACAUCCGACAGCGGCUCCAGUUCUCAGAUGUGCCCACAGAUUCGUUGCCACGACAACAGCACAAGAGCACACCCCACCGCCACCCGUCUGACCAAUCUGAGUCCUUCUCCACUCCCUUGGCUGCGUUUCCGUGGGAACGGGAUGACACGAGGCCAGCAGGCAGGAGACAUUCCCCAUCCUCUCCCCAGACAUCCAGCACUGAUGUCAUCAAUCAAGGCCAGUCAGAGCUGGGGAUUUGUGGGAAGGAGAAGGACCACAGGACCGUGACAGACAAAUCUUUAUCAGAAAUGCAGAGUCGUGUGUCUUGUCUGGAGGAGGAGCUGUCUGUGAAGGCUGGGACAUUGAAGUCGAUUCAGAAUGAAAUGGUGCAAAGCAAGAAGGAGCUCACUGCCAGGGAUCUCAGCCUGCAGAGAGCUCGCGACGAGCUUAGCCUGGCACACACACGCAUGACCCAGGAGAGUGAACGGGCAUCAGGAGCUGAGCAAAGGCUGAAGCAGUUACAAGAGGAGCUAAAGUGUCAGAGGCAAAAUGCAGAGAGCAGCCGACUGCAACACCAACAGCGCGCUAAGGAGCUGGAGAAACAACAUCAGAGGGACUUGACAGAGCUUCAGAAGGAGAGGCACUGUCUGGAGAAGCAGCAUCAGCAGGAGGUGAAUAAGCUCAACCAGGAGCUCCAGCAGGCCAGGGCGCUCCACAAUGCCCUGCAGGCCCAGGCUGACAAGUUGUCUCUACAGAAACAAGCAUUGGACAAAGAGUUGGACACGCUGAAAGAGAAACUGAAGUGGACGGAGAAACAGCUGCAGGAUAGCCAGAAGAAAGAAGCACAGACACAAGUCAAACUGACGGAGGCAGUGCGCGAGGCGGAGGGUGUGGCACUGAGUCUGGAGCAGAGCAGGAAGAGGGAGCAAGGUCUAGAAGAAGAGGGGAGGAGACUGGCAGAGGAGAAAGCCGACGCCCUGCGUCUCCUCAAAGAAAUACAGGAGCAAAAAGCUGCACCAGCACCCCCUCUACAACCCGUGCAGUUUUGCCCUGUUGGCCAGAGUUUCUCCCCUCAGCCUUCUUACACUCUUCAUCCUCGACCGUCAGCUCACACCAAGAGGCCCACCGCUACCACCCGAGCAGAGCAGAAGAAGGAAGAGGAAGAGGGCGUGGAUGAAAGGAGGGCAGAGAUUACAGCAUCUUACCCUUCUGACAGAGAGCCAGGAGAAGGCAUUGACUCUGAACACAUCACUGUCCUUAUCUCCACAGAGUCUGAGAGUUUACAAAGGGGAGGACACAGAAGAAAAAGAAACGAGGAAGAGAACAAGAGCAGAAAUGAGGAGAUAGAGUGUGAUAGCUCUGGGAUGAAGAAGCACUCCACAUUUGAUCAUGUACCCUCAAGUUCCUCUCAUUCUACUACUGAUGUUCUCAGCAACACCUCUAUGGACGAAACGACACCUUCGCUCAAGCCCAAGCAGGGCAAAGCCUCCGAAGACCUCCAGAGGGAGAAUGCCAUGCUGCGUUCAGAGAUAAAAGAUGUGCGUGAAGAACUCCAGAAACGACUGGAGGACCUUGAAGCCCAACGACGGGCUGAGGCAGAAGCCAGGACCCGGCUCAAACAGCUCAGCCGCAAACAUGCCAGCCAGGCUGUGGAGAAGGAGGAACAAGACAAGGAAUGGAGAGCAGAGCUGGAGAGUGAGAGGGCUGAGACAGAGAGGUUGAGGAAGGCCAUGGCUGCUUUGGAGACAGAGAUGAAGAGCAGAAGGGAGUUAGGAGAAAAGAAGGAGAGACAGGAGCAGGAGGAGGAGAAAAACAAAGUGCUACAAGACAGAGAGAGUGAAAUGAUAGAGCUCAAUAUCCAGAUGAAGAAACAGCUAUCAGAGGUGAAAGCCCAGUUGGCUUUAGAACGAGAGGAGAGAAAGAGAGAGGAAGAGGAGAGGAACCAAAUAAUGAACACAGACAUAGAUGUAAAGAAGGAGCUGAGCACAAAACUGGCAGAACUUGAAGCUGAAUUGGAAGAAUUAAAGCGCAACAGAAAAGAAGACUCACUGGAAGAGGAGAAACUCUCAGUUGCCAACAGUCCGCUGACAUACCUGACUCUCCAUGAUGAUGAGCUCAACUCCAACAUUGUUCACUGUGGCAACAAACUCCUCCAUUCUCCAGAGCAGCACCUCCUCUUCUGCCAGUCCACCAACCAACUCAACAUGCUUGUUUCUCAGGCGACAGAAAAUCUUAUUCAAGAAGGUCAAACAGUGAUAGAUCCUGAACGUUCACCUCUGCUAGAUGAGGGGCGAACAGGUCAAGUGGCCUCUGACCUGGAAGACACCAGACAAAACUGUAUGGGAGAGUCUUCUCUGUCAGACCAGCAAGAAGCUCUUUCUGACCUCCAGAAAUGUGAGUCUGCCCCCUCAGGUUGGGCAAAAGAGGUGGAGCGUCUGCAGGAGGAGAAAGAAAAGGAGACAGAACGUGCUAAGCAGUACCAGGUUAAACUAGAGGCCCUGCAGAGCCAGGUGACACGUCAGACACAGCAGCUAACCAUGGCCUUUGAGAAGCAGAGUCAGCACAUCUCAGGCCUUCUAGCUGAGCUACAGGAGAAGGAGAGUGCCCUCCUCAGCCAGGGAGAGGAACUGCAGCGAUGCAAACAAGAGCUGGAUGCAUUCAAGGCUGAAAAAGAGGUCAAAGAGAGAGAUGAGAAGUUGGCGGACACCAUACAGCUCCAUCCGAAGGUGGAAAAGGACUGCGCUGUCACCUUUCACACUACAACCUCACUGGCAGUCGGUGACUCUACUGCACAGAGAGAUGCAGAUCAACCAAAGACUGUGACAUUUGAUGCUGAAACACCAACACCUGUUGGCAGUGAAGAAGACAGUGAAGCACUAUUGUUAGGGGAACAGCGUCCAGGCUCUGUAGACUCAAACAAGACUGACAGUAACCAUGACUCCGCUUGUGUAAUGGAAGACGUUGAGUGCGUUCAAGAUGGAGCAACAGAAGACGUGGUUGUAGAACUGCUCGCUCUGCAACAGGAGAAUCGGCUGCUGAAACAAAAAAUGGUAGGCUUCACCGUCUCAGACACCAGCAGCCUGGCAUUACAGACUGUAAGUGAAAACCAAGAAGAUCAAUUCAAGCAAAGCCAAAACGCAGGAGAUGCUGUUGUGUUCUGCUUGACGGAGCAGAGGCCACCUAGUGAGCAGAAUGACAUCACCGCUGAGGGCCAGGAGUCGCUACUGCAGAAUGAGAGGAGAAGGAGGGAAGAUGAAGGAGGAGAUUUAAAAAGGGAAGAUAAAAGGACAAGGGAUGAAGAAGAGCUGGAUGAAGUAUCUCAGCUUCAUGUCAACCACCUAGAGGAACAGGUGGUGGCACUGCAGAAGAAGGUUCGGGCUCUCUCUGAGAAGACCCAGCAGCAAGCUGAGGAGCUUGUACUGUGGAGACUGGCCUCCCAACCAACUCCAACAUUUGACCCGUUGCUUCCCAACAAAGAUAACCAGGACAGGAGCUCUGCUGUCAGACAAUCCCACUCAAACCAGGAGCAGACUGAUGAGAUGACCCACAGCCAGGGUCUGUCGCCCACACAGGGUAUUCAGGAGAGCCCUGGUAAUGUAACAGUCAUCAGAGAAGAUGAGGUACUCCUCUCCUCCUCUUCCAACAAGCUGCAGGGCCGCCUGUUAUUCUCCAGACUGCAGCACAGCAACCUUCCUGAACCAAAGAGUUUCCACUCCUCUAAAAAGACUGCAGCACUUCAGGAAUACAAUCAGGACACUGCCAAGAUCGACAAGGAAUCUGAAAAAGAAAACCAGGAGAUCAUCGUAUUACAAUGGUCAGAUACCUGUCCAACACAUCACAAAGAAAAGAGAGACAAUGAACUCAUCCAAAUGUCAUCAGAGAAAACGGGUCAACAACACGUUACCAAAGAUCUCCAUAAAGUCUCAGGGCUAAAUAAGACCAAAACAACAGAGUGUCACCCAGGGAAUCCUGAAGCCAAACCCAACGCUUCCAGAGCAACUAAUGAAAUAAACACCAAUGAUUCUUCAGGCAGCGCUGUUAGGACAGAAAUGAAAAGUGUCUGCAGUCAAACAGAGGAGAUAUUUUAUUCUCGCAGUGCUCCAACGGCAUCUGAGCUCCACUGCGCUUACACACAAACGGAGGAAGAAGUGGAUGAAGAUAUAGUGGACUCCCCUCCUGUCUCCCCUGUCCCACUAUUGGAAGGAGCAGAGUCAGCAGACAAAAUCUUGUUUUCAGGUUCCUUCCCCAUCCCUGCUGACCCAGCCCGUCUGGCUGAAAGAAUCCGCCGUAACAGGACGCAGCUGUCAGCCGCCUUUGACGACACAGAGUAUGAACCUUACGGACUGCCGGAAGUUGUCAUGAAAGGUUUUGCCGACAUCCCAAGUGGUGCCUCAUGUCCUUACAUUGUGAGAAGAGGUUUGUUAGGGACAACUGUCGUAUCUGCUCCUCAGAAAGACCUGAGACAGGAGGAGGAGACGGAUUAAAACGCAGCUACAGGUCUGGUGGGACUGAACUGAACAGAACUGAUCACUGUGGCAGAUCCACAGGGACACUCCAGUCACCAGCAACCUGAAGCAGCUCAGACCUUCAAACCAACACAGGAUCAGUUAAAAAAGUGCUGUAGUCACCCACGGACCUCUAUACACAUGUGUUCAGGUAAAGGGUCCUGCGCUGGCAGAAUAAACACCUCCACUGUGGAUCUAAAAUGUCUUAAUGGUCACUAGUUUAUUCUCUAAUUGCUGUGUGGAGACUUUGCUAUCCAUCAUGAUUCAGUGACUUUACACCCACCUGAAUAUUUAGGUGCAGAGGUGGUGAUUUUAGUGAUGUUUCUUGAUGUUUCUUGAAGUUAACGACCACUGUUCCAAAGGGACUGUUUAGUUUUUAGUAACUUAUGGGUCUAACCUCAGCCUUCUUUGAAUGAAACAGUGCCUACUUGACCUUUUUCUAAAUAAGCACUUGUCUAGAUAAGUUUGACUUGUUGUCAAAAGGAGUGACGCCAAGACAGGCCUGUUGUGAAAAUGUGAUGUAUAUUUCUUUCAUUUUAAUUCUUGAGGUGGCUUAUUUAUGGACACUUGAAUGUGUGUUAUUAGAGGACAACUGUUUACAAAAAAUGUGUGAAACCUUAGUGGACGAGCGUGUGAGACUUUAGCUGUGAAUAUGAACAUGUGUGUUCUCAUCUUGAUGUUACUGUUUGUAUACCCGUGUGUGUGUGUGUGGGGGAGACAGAGAGAGAGAGAGGGCCGAGCACGUCUAUGACUCAGUCUAACUUCCAUUGGUUUCCGCUCCAUGUAUGGUGAUACACACUGCGCUCCCUCUCUCGUCCCUUUGCUGCUUUGCUUCUCUGUCUUACACUAACGAGUGCUCAUUAGUCAUUAGCUCUGUGAUGAACUUACCACGAACUAAACAUGCAUUUACUUUAUUUUAUUAGCAGAGCAUGAGAUGAAUUCUGUUGGUUUCUUAUAUUUAAUCAGAUAUAAUUUAUUUGAUUGAUUGACCAUUUUUGGUAGAUUUUGUUUCUUGCACAUUUGUUACUGUGCCAGAGACAACAGUAGGACACAUGUAUGUACACUGUAGAUUUUGUAGAUGAGUUUGGAGUUCAUGUACAGUUUGUAUUAUGCCCUAUAUCAGAGGAUAAUGACCACUCUGCUUGCCUUUAACGUUUGACUGGUUAGUGAAAGGAUAGGUUCACAUUGUUCCAAGUUCUAGUCAAUAGUUCUAGUUCUACCAUACUCACAUGCCCAUAGGUAUGUUGAAAGGGCUACUGGUUGUUGUAAUUGCCUCUCCAGUCUCCUGGCUGCAAAGAGAUCACUUUCUAAAGUUGUUUUGGUGUCAGAGAGAGGGGACAAAAUCCAGUCUUCGUUCUGUAUAGAAACACACUCUAAACUUUAGUCGCUCAUUUGAAACUUCAACAGUCUGAGUUCAGGCCUGGUCACACCAGAAAGUGGUACAGUGACUGAUCUGCAUGUCUGCAAGAUAUUUGGUUUGGAAGUUUGGUGACGUAAUGACUAUACUGGCCAGUAUAUUAGUCACAACAGCUCCUGGAUUUUCUCUAUUUUCCCUACUGUUCUGUUUAUUUGACAUUUUCUUCACCCUUGUACACCAUUUUGUGGACAGGAGGAACAAUUAAAACAACCAUUUUUUCUUUUAAUAUACGUAAUAGCACAUGUGCAUUGUUUUAAGGAUUACUUACAAAAAUGCGACCCUAUCCAUUAAAACCUUGUUGUGCUGUCUUUAAGUGAUAUUUGAGAUUAUUUAAUAUGAAGGUUUGUAGACACGUAUGUGUUAAAAGUGUGGAGUGUUUUUUUUUUUUUAAAAAGAGUUGUUCCUUUCUGUUCUUGGCUUGUGAUCUCGGUUCAGAACAGAGUGGACUGUUACUACCAUGACUCGAUGCCAUUGCCAUGUUGACACAUACACGAACACACACACGCACGCACACACACACACACACCCUCCCUUUCAGCUGCCUUCAUAUCUCUGGGAUCUGUAGUUUUUUGGCAGUGAGGUGGGAAGGUCAGACUUUGGGCAGGGAAGCUCACUGUAUAUCUUGUUGCCUUGUUUUGGACACUUUGAUGUGAAUGUAUCUGAGUUAUUUUUGCGGCUAGAAUAAAAGGCUUGCUUUUAAUUUAA